AUGUGCGACCAUGUCCGGACAGUUCGCGGCAAUGUUAUCGAGUCCACGCACCUCGUUCACGCAGCCAUAGUACACUCUUCCGGCUCCCUGUUGUACUCAGUCGGAAAUCCCUACCGACCAACGUUGCUCCGCUCGACAUGCAAGCCCGCCCAGACCGUCGCCGUGCUCGAAUCCUGUGUUGAAACCUUCAGUUUCUCUGCUGCUGAAAUUGCCCUCAUGAGUGCAUCCCACAGCUCAGAGGCGCGACACAUAUCACAGGCUUCAGAUAUCUUAGCUGCCGUUGGUGCAAGAGAAGCCGACAUGCGCUGUGGGGGGCACCCAGCACUAAGCGAAGCUGUGAACAACAACUGGAUCAAACGUGGCUUUACGCCCGGAGCGGUGUGCAACAACUGUUCAGGCAAACAUGCAGGAAUGCUAGGCGGAGCGAAAGCACUAGGUGCAGGAUUUGCUGACUAUCAUCUUCCCGGGCAUCCGAUGCAAAGGGCGGUAAAAGAAGUAGUUGAGGAGAUCUCAGGGUUGAAUACGAAUGAUAUUGAGUGGGCCGUCGAUGGCUGCAAUCUGCCAGCCCCGGCAAUGCCAUUAACCGGAAUGGCGACCCUAUAUGCGCGUUUUGCGGAUGCUGUCGGCAACGCGCAGGAUUCUCGGACGCGGUAUAUGAAACGUGUCUUUGAGGCCAUGUAUACACACCCUGAGAUGGUCGCUGGCGAGGGAAGAUUCUGCACGGAGUUGAUGAGCGCGUACGGAGAUUUGUUGAUUGGCAAGUUGGGCGCUGAUGGGUGUUACGGAAUAGGUAUUAGGGAGUCAGAGUAUACAAAACGACUAGGUAUGUCCACCGGCGGAAUCGGCAUUGCAGUGAAGAUAGAGGAUGGAAAUAUCAAUAUCCUGUACGCAGCGGUCAUGGAGAUACUGGUACAAUUGGGUAUUGGGACAGAGGAAGUGCGAAACAAGCUACGCAGCUGGCAUACCCCGUCGGUAUUCAAUACCAUGGGGAUCGUUACUGGAGUCACAUCUCACUCCUAUAUUGUUAGAAGACAUAGUGUGGUCGUAAGAGGGGAACGGGACGAAGGCGAAGAGAGAGCGGCUCUUGCUAGUUUUGUCUAG